AUGUCUAGCAGGUGGUGUGCUUACUUUGACAAAACCGAUCCUAAAGAAUAUUGUUUUCUGGACUUUUAUGAAUACCGUUCGAAGCAAGUGGACUUUACCUUCUCUUUUCAGAAGGAAUCCUACAAAUUGCAAAUGGAUCUCGAUAAUCUCAUGAAGGAUGGCUCAGAGGAAUCGAAGGAAACUGCUAUGAUUAGCAGAGGGAGUUCUUAUAGCUACGGGGACAAUGGAAUGCUGUCUACCUUAUGGUCGGAAUGUCCGCUAUUAGAAAAUGGAACCCUUACAACUACGGGGACAAUGGAAUGCUGUCUACCUUAUGGUCGGAAUGGCCAUCGUGAUACUUUUUGCGAUGUCAACGCUUUUUGGAAUAAAAUUGAACUAAAUAGACGGCUACAGGAUCAGUUACAGACCGCAGAGGUUGAAGCUACUAACAAUAACAGGAACAGGAAAUCCCAAAAACGAUCAGCUGAAGAAGCUUCCCCUAUUGUUACACCUCCUCCCAACCUUCGCGACCGCUCUCCUUCUCCAUCUUAUUACAACGGGAAUAAUUCUUUAGAUGAUUACGAUGAAGAAUCAGCUGAGAAGACGAAUGAUUACGAGUCUGAUGUAGAGAUAAUACGUAAAGAAGAUGAUAAUCCUUUUGACGUAAGAAAAGAUGAAGGUUCAACGAAAUAUAAAGUCGUCUUAUCAUGGAGGCAUGCAAUCGAUAAUAUGGUCAUAAAUAAUGUCUCUGGGAAUGACUGGGUAACACGGGACGGACACAACAUUUCUAUCGACUUUCGUAAUUUUCAGUUAAAGUCAAUUGAAAAAUUAGAAGCCGAUCCAAGUUUAUCAUACGCGAAAGAAAUUGAUUUGAUAUUAUGUCUAUCAUCGAUUAUGUAUUGCAAUGAACUUAAACCAAAAUAUGUUGAAUGUUCCCAAAAGGCAUGGAAUGAAGCUCGUCCAAGAUCAUUAAUUCCGAAGGAGUUGCCGACAGUUGCUGACUUAGCAAUAAUUGAAUACAGCAGGCUUUUGAAUGACAAACAAUUACUCGAUACGAAGUGGCGUAACAAUUGGGCAAAAGGAAAUACAUUAUUAACAGAUGAAGACAAAGACAUCUUUGACUGUGUACAGAUAGUUUCAAGGAAUUUUUUUACCUACUUGUCUUCGGUGAGUUAUGAUGAGGAUAAAAAAUUGGACGAAGAUACGUUCGUCCAUCGAUACUGUCAUCAAACACUGGAAGAAAUAUUCAAUAAAAUCGAACUCUCAUUAGUUUGGGCUAAUGGAGAAUCCGAAAGUUCCAAAGAGAGACGUUUAUUGGAUGGUCAUAACCAUGGUAGAAAGCCAGACUUCCGGAUCCUCUCAAAGAUUGAUGACACUGAGAGAGAGUUCGUAUUCGGUGAGAUAAAGCCACCGCAUUGCCCUAAUACCAUAAAUAAGACUAUCGUUAAGUUAGCAGAAUUCAUGAAAGGGUCCUUAGAUUUUAUUAUCGAUAUUCACGGUUAUGUGGCUGGCCUGGAAACAUAUGAAUUAAAACCAAUAGGAAGCGAAAUUAAAAUUUUUAGUAUCGAUUUGGUAUAUGACGGUCUAUACCGUUUUAAUCUAUUAUCGAAAGUGUUGUUCCCGACGGAAAGUGCGAAUUUUGUAAACAUUGUCACUGUAGUAUCUACCCUAUAUUCAUUAUUGUCUUCAGUUUCUCCGGCAUUAUCAGUAACUCCACAAAUGCCUAUUCCAACACCUAUUAAUGGUCAGUCUGACGAGGAUGAUACCCCUGAGAAAUUU